AUGUCCGAAGCAUCCAGAGCAGUAUGGACGCGAUCCUGUUAUUUCAAAGUGUUCUUGUGUUUGAUCGUUACCUGCAUAAUUGUUUUCAUCGUUCUCCUGAGCCCGUGGACAAACAAAAUAUAUUUACCAUCACAGCUGACUGUAUUUAACGCAUUUUUCCAGACGUCAAAAACAAAUUCAACCAUCGAAGAGCUCUUGCGUAACAUUUCAACACAAGUCAAAGUUCCUGGGAUGGAUUGUGCAGCAAUAUUUAAAGGCUCCAAAAACGAGACUGUUAUAGCUAGACAAAGGAUACGGACAGUCAGCCCUCCACUUUCAGAUCUAUUUUACUUAAAUUUAACAAAAGACUGCGACGACUUUCAUAAACAACGUGGGUAUAUAAUGUCGUCACUGACGGAUGAGGAAGAACAGUUUCCCAUAGCUUAUUCAAUUCUUGUCUACAAAGAUGCAGAAAUGGUGGAGCGACUUUUACGUGCCAUCUACCGACCACAGAACGUUUACUGCAUCCAUGUGGACCAGAAGGCUUCUAAUUCCUCGUUCAAUGCUAUAUCUGCAAUAGCAAAAUGUUUUCCUAAUGUAUUCAUGGCCAGUAGGAGAAGCUCCGUAUACUGGGGCACAUUCACAGUGCUUGAACCAGAACUCACUUGUAUGGAGGAUCUGUGGAAGUAUCCUAAAUGGAAAUAUUUCAUUAAUUUGACAGGACAAGAGUUUCCUCUGAGAACCAAUCACGAGCUUGUCAAAAUUCUUACUCUAUAUCGAGGAGCAGUCGACGUAGUUUCAUCAGUCAGAGGGUAG